AUGUUUCAGAAUUUACUACGAAGAAAUAUACUUUUAGGUCGAUAUUUUCUACGAUAUAACUCUAUUUAUACAGAGUCAGAGAUUGAAAAUGCAAAGAAAUGGUUAGAUAGUUUUGAUCAUAGUCAGAUACCUCAACAUGUUUUUAAAAUUACAUUUAGUAGAUCAUCUGGCCCUGGUGGUCAAAAAGUUAAUAAGACUUCAUCAAAAGCUCAGAUUAGUUUAGACUCAGGUGAAUGGUUAUCUCCAAAUACUUCAUAUUGGAUACCAAAACCAAUACAGCACCAACUUAAAGAGAAGAAUUUAAGGUAUGUUACUCCUAAAAAUGGUUUAUUGAUACAAUGCGAUACUGAAAGAAAUAGAGAAGUUAAUUUAGAAAAUUGUUUUAAGAGGCUAAUGAAUGAAAUUAAAUUAAAUGUAUACUUUGCAGGGGAAGUAAGUGAAGAAGAUAAAGAGAAAUGGCAACAAUUAGAAAUAGAUCAUAACGAAAGAAAGAAACAUAAUAAGAAAAAACACUCAGAAAAGAAGAAACUUCGAUCAAAGAACUUUGACUGGUAA